UCAUAAUGCAUACAAAUAUCAAAAUGAAAUAAAAUAAUAUGAUUGUGAGAUUAGAAUAUUUUUUCAUCUUUGUGUUUGAUUUUUCAGUUGAACAUUUUUUGCAGUGCCAAAACGUGUUGUUUCACGGAAAACACAAAGAUUUAUUUAUUAUUUAUAAAAACCUUGAAAACUCUGUUUACCCGCAUGAUUUGCACCAUCAUUCAUUGAUCUUUUUAUUUACAUGGAUUUGUUUGUCUAGUGUUCAAAUUCAUCUUGUCGAGUCCUGUAUUGUCGUUGAAAAGGUUAAUAAACGCAGCAUGGUUCCAAACUGAUUGAGUCAGUGAGUGUGUUUUAUGAUGUAAUGACGAUAUGAUAAGGAGCAGCGCUGGCCACUACCUUGUGAGUCUGUUGCCUACAAUAAAAAAACCCAGGGAGUGGCUCAGUGUGGCACUGUAAUGAAACACCUGCGCCUUCCCACCAUUGUUCCUGGUGUUCACUCGUCGGUUUGGCCAUUUUGGAUCAUUUAGACCAGAGGGCAAUCCAAACAACGCUGUCUUCGGCUCAUUCAAAUAUUGUUUGGAUUGUUGUUUGCGGGAAAGUUGAGGAGGCAGAUUUCCACAACCAUGAGAUAUGCGAGAGUCUUCCUCACUCUCGGGCUGUUUGUUGUCAGCAUGACCUUCUUAUAUUCAAGAUAUCAAACCAGCAACAAAGGAUUCAGAAGGAUCCAUGACGCGCUUAACUUUGGAUAUCAAACCAGCAACAAAGAAUUGAGAAGGAUCCAUGACACGCUUAACUUUGGGUACCUGGAUGCCUACUGCAAGACUUUCCUUACCUCUGCAGAACAACACUUCAUGUUGGGAUUACCGGUGACAUAUUAUGUGUUUACGGAUUUACCAGAGAUGGUACCAAACAUUGAGCUUGGUCCUCACCGAAGCCUGAAAGUUAUUAAGGUGGCAAAGCACUCCAGGUGGCAGGACAUCUCUAUGAUGCGCAUGAAGACCAUAUCAGAAGCCAUAGCAGCAGAGAUUUGUCACAACUUCACGUAUGUCUUCUGCUUUGAUGUGGACCAAGAGUUUAAAGGGAGAUUUGGCUCAGAGGCUUUGGGGGAUUCUGUGGCUUUGCUCCAUGCCCACUAUUACAAACGUCCACAGAAUAUGUUCACCUAUGACAGAAACUCCAAAUCCAAAGCCUACAUGGAAACUGGAGAUUUCUACUACCAUGCUGCCAUCUUUGGAGGAGCGUGGGAAAAUGUCAAGAACUUGACAGAUUCCUGCUAUCUGAGCAUCAUGGAGGACAAAUUAAAUAACGUAGAGGCUCUGUGGCAUGAUGAAAGUCACCUAAACAAGUACUUUUGGCUGAACAAACCAAGCAAGCUGCUCUCCCCUGAGUAUUGCUGGGACCAGAGUAUUGGUGACUGGAGGGACAUAAACAUCACCCGCCUGGUGUGGGCACCAAAAAACUAUGACGCACUUCGUGAUUCAUUGAAGAGCCAUUAACCUGAAUAACUGAAAACAUGGACUGGAUAUUGGAUCAGCAGCAGCUCUACUCCGAGUUCCCUCCAAAUGUCCGCACCCCUUGCCCUAUCACCAAGGCUGAGCCCAGCCACCCUGCAGAGAAAGCUAAUUUUGGCCAUUAUUGCCAUGUAUUAUCUGGACCUUACUGAUAUCAUUAUUGACACUGAUUAGUCAAUAUACAUUUGCAUGAAUGAUGUGUAGCAUGUGAACAGCUGGUUGCCUGUUUAAUUUUGUUGAUAUAGACAAUGGGAGGUCAGAUAAGAAUUCAUGUUCCCACAAAGGGAAAUGCGAUUGCUGUAGUCUGCCUCUUUUUACGUUGACAAAACGUUGACAGUUUUAGGAAGAAUGUCUCAACAACUGUUGGGUGAACUGUCAUAUAAUGAGGAACCCAAAAUGUGUCAUCAAUCUUCUCUCACCCCCGGGUGCUCCCACCCCGCCACUCAGCGUGAAGCACCUGUGUCAUUCAGCUGACCUCAGAUCAGCUUGGACCUGUCUUGACCGAAGACAGUGAUGCAUUAUUCAUAAGACUGGCACCAUCUGGCACAUGAUCACAUCCUGCCACCUCAUAGCUCUUGCCCUGUCAAAGACACAGAGAAGUAUAAUCAUCAGAACAGUUUUUAAUGCUGCCUGUUUUUUUCUGUCAAGAUGUUGGAGCUAAUCUUUUUAAACAGGCCGAUUUGUAUUGGAAAGAUAAAAAUAGUCUUAACACUG